AUGGGUAUCAUGAUUCUGAUUUUUUUCACUUUGACUUGUGUUGGCCGUGUCUAUGGACAAGAAAGCUACGCAGGUGAAAACAUCACCCGUAUUCUGGACCGACUACUAGAUGGAUAUGACAACAGGUUGCGGCCAGGAUCCGGAGGUAUGAUUACAGAGGUGAAAACAGAUAUCUUUGUCACCAGCUUUGGACCAGUAUCAGAUGUGGAAAUGGAGUACACCAUCGACAUGUUCUUCCGACAGACCUGGGUGGACGAGAGGCUGAAGUACGACGGCGCCGUGGAGAUCCUGCGUCUCAAUAACAAGAUGGUGGAUAAGAUCUGGACACCCGACACGUUCUUCAGGAACUCCAGGAAGUCCAUCGCACACAAUAUGACCACUCCCAACAAGCUGUUCCGCAUCAUGCAGAACGGGACCGUCCUCUAUACCAUGAGACUAACCAUCAGUGCAGAGUGUCCCAUGAGUCUCAUGGACUUCCCUAUGGACGGACAUGCCUGUCCUCUCAAGUUCGGCAGCUAUGCGUACACGAGCAGUGAGAUCACCUUUACCUGGAGGAAGGGUCUGGAAGCUUCUGUAGACUGUCCUCAGGAGUCUAUCAGUCUGCUCCAGUAUGACCUGGUGGGACAGAGGUUAUCCAUGGAGACGUUCAAGUCCAACACAGGUUUCUACUCUGUCAUGGUGGUUCAUUUUCUACUACAGAGGAAGCUAGGCUACUACCUGAUUCAGACGUACAUCCCUCUGAUUAUGGUGGUGGUGCUGUCGCAAGUAGCCUUCUGGAUCAACAAAGAGUCUGUCCCUGCACGCACUGUGGCUGGCAUCACCACGGUCCUCACCAUGACAACCCUCAGCAUCAGUGCCCGCCAGUCUCUGCCCAAGGUGUCCUACGCUACAGCCAUGGACUGGUUCAUCGCCGUGUGUUUUGCGUUUGUGGCGUCCGCGCUCAUCGAGACUGAUGGUAGCGCUCACCUUAGAGGGGGCCUGAAGAAGAGGUAUAACUCCAUAUCCCAGAGUGAGAUGGAUACUGGCCCCUCGGUGCCCAUCUUCCUGCAACAGGGUUCAGCUGUGCCCCCCAUCCCAGCGCUGGCUGGCACCAGCCCAAUAGACCAGUACUCCCGCAUCAUGUUCCCCCUGGCCUUCGCACUCUUCAACCUCUUCUACUGGAUCAUAUACCUGGGCAAGGACACCAUGGAACAGGCCAGGUAUGUGUUCAUAAAGUCUCUAUUCUGUUCUGUUAUGACAUCAUGGAACAUGCCAGAUUGA